CAUUAUCCAACUUGCCCCUCCACGGUCAACACAUUUGCCCCAUAACCGCCCUCACAAACACCCAACAUGUCGAGUCGUUACUUGUUUUUAGGAGAGCCCAAGCCCCGAUACCUCUACAGGGUGCUCCCAGCGAUGAGUCUGACAUCAAAUCCCUUCCCUACCGUUAUACCCAUGACGGACCCCGACCGAGACGAAGGCUACGUUCAUCUGUGGCGGUCGCGUCAGAUCCUCAUCCCGUUGAAGCAAUGGCACGAAAAUGCCUUACAAGCGAUGAUGAUUCGAGUCAUCAUGUAUUCCGUUCAGGACAACACGCGGUGGGAUCGCACUCCAGAAGGGGACUUCCAUCCGCAUCUGUGCCGGGACCUCAGGGGCGAUGAAUGCGAAAGCCUCGUGAUAUUGUCAAGGCGGUCGGACCAGACAUGGGAACAGGCGAUCGCAUUGUACGCUGGCUGGAUUAAUCCGGGGGUGUAGAAAGCAGGCGGCGGCAUGAUCGUCGUGGGAAGUCAGCGUGGAAGGGGAGGCGGAAGAGUUCAGUCCGCACCAAGAAGCAUCCCUCUUGCCGGCUUUCUCUAUUCAAUUUUCUGACACAAUUAUUCGCUGGUAGCACCUAUGCCCAAAUUGUACUUUCUACACUGCUUU